AUGUCUGACUCGACAAUCGUCCUCAUCACCGGAGCCAACUCUGGCAUCGGCUACGCCACCACCCAACUGCUAGCCUCUCAGCCCAAGCACCAUGUUAUUAUGGCCUGCCGCGAUGUCUCCAAGGGCCAGCAAGCCCUAACCGAGAUCCAAAACAGCAGCGACAAAAUCCAAGGCACACUAUCAGUGCUCCAGCUCGACGUAACCGACGACUCCUCCAUCGCCGCCGCCGUAGAGACCGUGCGCCAGCAAUUCGGACGAGUCGACGCCUUCAUCAGCAAUGCCGGCACGCUAGCCCUGCAGAGCAGCGGCCGCGCCCAGCUGCGCGAGAUGUUCGACGCGAAUGUCUUCGGCGCGUUGCUCGUGUCAGAGGCUUUUAUUCCGCUUCUGUUGCAGUCGGCCCGGCCCUACCUCGUGCAGGUCUCCAGCGCCUUGGGCUCUGUUGGGUUGGCGUCUGACCCGAAUGAUACAUGGUAUGCCACUGCUUGGUAUGAGUACCGCAUGACCAAGGCUGCGUUGAAUAUGGCGACGAUCCAGUUCCAUAAACGACUCAGUGCGCAGAACGUGCGUGUCUUUGCGUUCUGUCCUGGUUUGGUGCGGUCGAAGAUUCGGGGGGACUCUGAGGAGGCGAUUACUGCGCAGGGCGCGGCUGGGGAUCCGAUCGACUCGGCGAAAGGGCUUGUGGAUAUCGUGCAGGGGAGAAGAGAUGCCGAAGCGGGCCAGUUUUUGCGCACUGAUGGCUCUGGCUCAUGGCCGUGGUAG